AUGCCAUCGCCAGGGAAAUUUGCUAAUGGUAGAACAGUCUAUCUGUCUAGACAAUUCAAGAUCGCAAAUGUAAUUGAGAAACUCUUACUAUGUGACUUUGGUAGUGCCAUCCGAGGAGAUGACUCGAGGAAUCACUUUGCCCAGCCUGAUAUCUUCAGAUUACCAGAGGUAAUACUGGUAGUGGAAUGGAACUAUCAUAUUGAUCAUUGGAAUUUGGGCGUCUUGGUCUAG